AUGGACGCGUUGGUGGACAAACAGAUAAAAAAGGACAUGUUCUGGAGUCGAUUCUUUCUCCAGUCCGCCUGCUUGUGGCCCUACACCAAUCGGAUCCUCAAGUACGCGGGCAGAGUACUCCUCAUCCCCUCCGCGAUAUUUAUGGAGCUCUGCUUGCUGUACGGAGGUUACAAAAAUUUGCGUCAAGACUCGCUCGAUAUAGUGUAUACGUUUACCAACGUCAUCGAGUUACUGAUUGGCAUCUCGAUCAUACCUAUGUACUUCAUUACCAUGUCGUAUGAUCGUGAGUUCAAACUGUUACUAGGGGACAUGAUGCACUUUUACUCGGAAGAGGCGAGCGCCGAGGAACGCAAGAUCGUGCAAGACGUCACCCGCGGCACCUACCACCUAUCCUGUCUGCUGGCGGCGUUCGUCUGCGUGUUUUGCGCGGCCUACGCCCUGGCACCGCACAGUGUUUGGUACCACUGUGCACCGGUGCUGCUGGUGCCUCUGCUGCGACACUGCCUCGGCCAUUAUCGUCACCACGGCAAUCAUAGCAGCGGCAGCUCGAGGGCUCUCGCCAGCACCGCCGUCGUAUUCGCCGUGGAUCAGGACAAGUAUUACUAUCCCCUGUUCGUCUACACGACGAUGAACAUGAUACAGCUGGCGACGGUGGCCAACGCCCUGAGCGCAUCCUUUCUCUGCAGCGUCGCAUUCAUCCGGGCACAGUUCAGAAUCAUUGUACAUCGUUUGACUAAUCUGGACAGCUUGGUUCAAAGGGAAUAUUUGAAGCGGGAUCUGAGCAUUCAGGAUUAUAUUCAUCAAGAAUUCAUCAAUCUCUACCUGUACCACAUCAACUCCAUAAGAAACCUCAAACUUAUAAACAUGAUUGGCGAGAAGCUUUUGUUCAUCGUAUCGGUUUUGUGCUUGCUGGGUUUGAGUUUUUCGGGCUCUAUGGCUGUCAUCUUUUUGAGAAAGGCACCGCUUGCAGCUCUGAACUUUGUGAUGUGCUUCAUAGUGUUGUUGAUUUUAUCGCUCAUGCUAAAUUACGUAGGACAAAGCGUAAUCGACGCCAACAACGAAGUUUAUCAUAAUUGCUAUCAUUGCGGCUGGUACGGCUUCCCGGUGAAAACCCGGCCCUUUGUCUUUUUAAUGCUGAUGAUAACGAGAAAGGCUUGCGGAUUAAAAUCCGGCCCGUUCACCAUACUCCAGCUGAGCUAUGAAAAUUACAGCCUGAUUCUAAAGAGUGUAAUAUCUUACAUAACGGUUAUGAUAUCAGUCCUUUGA